AUGAACAGUCUGUACCAGGACGGCCUGUUUAUUUACCGUUCCCAUCUGUGUCCUCCGUGUGCCGCAGGAGAGGUGCUGAGCCUGGUGGAGGACCUGCUGUCGGGGCUGGGGUCUGGGUGUGUGGCGGUGGGACGGAGGCCGGGGGAGCGCCCUCACACCCUGCUCUACUCCGUCAUCUUCAAGUGCCUGGAACCGGACAGUCUCUAUAAUGGAUCUGCAGCUUGUCUCACCUGUUUCCACCCGGACCACAAACACAGACGGACCGAGCUCCAACACGGCGCUGUCCGCAACAACAGAACCUAA